AUGACGGAUGUUGAAAAUGCUCCUGUAACCACAAAACCAUCCAUCAGUCCAUCAGGUUUGGUGUCAGCAGGUACCAGGGUGAAACUGAGCUGUAACGGCAAAGCCAAACCUCCCAUUACCAGCAUCGCCUGGUUCAGAAAGAGCAAACAUGGAGAAGUUAAAGUAUCUGAGGAGCAGGUUUACAGCUUCAGUGUUACUCCUACUGAAGAAGGAGACUAUUACUGUGAGGCCACAAAUGAGCUUGGUAGUGAGAACUCGACAACCACCUGUGUUGACAUCAUUGAUGCUCCUUUUACUCCCAGCCUUCAUGUCUCUACUGGUAAUCUGAAGGAGCAUCGGCCUGUCACUGUAACCUGCUCAGCUUCAACUCCCUGUCCACAAUCACAACCUGAACUCACCUGGAAUCUCAAAAAAGACUCUCUCAGACAAACAGAGAAGAACACAGAUGGAACCUUUACAACUAAAAUCCAGAAGACCUUCACUCUGACUUACAAACAUGAUGAAUUCAUCAUCAUAUGUUCUGCCAGACAUCCUGCAGCUGAAAAAGACAACGUAGUAAAGACAGAAGUAACUCUCGAUGUUUCAUAUGCUCCUAAAGACACCUCAGCAUCCUUCAGUCCAUCAGAUUUCGUGACAGAAGAUAGCUGGGUGGAGCUGAGCUGCUCCAGCAAAGCCAAACCUUCUCCCACAAUCACCUGGUUCAAGAAAGGCCGCAAAAAAUUCACUAAAGUAGCUACAGGCAUCUUUCACAAGGUUAAAUUCACUCAGGGUGAUCAGUACUACUGUGUAGCUGCAAAUAAGCUGGGUAAACAGAAAUCAUCACCGAUCAGUCUCAUAGUGGAACGUAAGUUCUGCUUCCUCUUUUUGUUUUCCUUUUCUUAA